ACAGUUGCUGUAUUCUGGGAAUGGGGAGGGUCUCUCGUCGCAAUGGCGUUUUAUUCUACCCGGAGGGCAGCAGUGCCCUAUGACUUACGUGGUCUAGCUACAUUCACCAUCCUGCUCAAAGCCGCAGCUCCCAGGGCUGGAGUCAACUUCAGGACUGAUUGAUAUGACUUCUAUAAAGGAGCAGGCAGCAAUUAGCAGGCUCUUAAGUUUUUUACAAGAUUGGGACAAUUCUGGCAAAGUUGCAAGGAGUCACAUCCUGAACAGUUUCAUUGAAACCAACCAAGGCAAGACUGCCCCUGAAUUGGAGCAGGAGUUUUCCCAGGGAGCCAGCUUGUUCCUGGUACGGCUGACCACCUGGCUUAGACUCUCCUACAUGACUGGCUGUUGUUUAGAUAAGCUGCUAAAGUCCAUUGGCAUCUUCUUGUCUGCUGUAAGCAGUAAUCGGUACCUUAUAGAAUUCCUUGAGGUUGGAGGUGUCCUAACACUCUUGGAAAUACUUGGGCUGGAGAAGAUCAAGGAGGAGCACAAGAAGGAAUCCAUCAAGCUACUUCAGCUUAUUGCAAAUUCUGGCAGGAAGUACAAGGAGCUCAUUUGUGAAAGCUAUGGUGUCCGGUCCAUAGCAGAAUUUUUGGCCAAGUCUAAGUCAGAAGAGACCCAGGAAGAAGUGCAAGUUCUGUUGGAUGCUUUGGUCCAUGGUAAUCCUAAGUACCAGAAUCAAGUGUAUAAAGGUCUAAUAGCUUUGCUGCCCUGUGCGUCCCCCAAAGCUCAGCAACUGUCCCUGCAGACUCUCAGGACCGCCCAGUCGAUCAUUGGAACCACACACCCCAGCAUCGUGGACUGCGUGCUGAAGGUGCUGCGCACAAUGCAUCUGGAAGUCCAGUAUGAAGCCAUCGAGCUGAUCAAGGACCUGGUCAACUAUGACGUGCGCAAGACGCUGCUCCAGGGCCUCGUGGCGCUGCUGAUACCGUCGGUCAAGGAGACCUCCAAACUGCAGCCCAAGAUCCUCAACGACUCCUCGGUGCUCCACCUCACCGCCCACCUGCCGGUGUUCUUGCAGCAGGCCGCGGCCGCCAAGGCCAUCGGGGUCCUGGCGCGCAGCAACCUAAGCAUCGCCGAGGAGCUGCUGCACUUGCGCGUGGUGCACAGUUUGAUGGCCGCCAUGGGCAACACCGACCACAGCAACAGCCAGCGGCUGGCCAGCCUCACGCUGGAGUACUUCGUGCAGAUGUUCCCAGUGGUGGAGGAGCACGUGCGCAGGAGCAUGGGGGAGGAGCUUUACAAUCUCUUCACGAGCAAUGCCGAGGACUUGUACAUGAAAAUGGACAGCAUUCAGGCGGACAUCUUGGCAGCCAACAAAGUCAAUGUUACCAAAGCCUUACACGACUCUGGCGUCUACACCAACAUGAGCUUUUACUUGGGCCCUUCUGUAAAUGAGAAUCAUCUGGCUUACAUCACACACUUCCAGAAGAGGAAUAUGGAAGCAAAGGGGGAACAGAGCCCAUGAGGCCACCCAGGAAAACCAAGGCAGGAAAG